AUGGCCGCGAUCCGCAAGAAGCUGGUGGUGGUGGGGGACGGGGCGUGCGGCAAGACCUGCCUGCUGAUCGUCUUCAGCAAGGACGAGUUCCCCGAGGUCUACGUGCCCACCGUCUUCGAGAACUACGUGGCGGACAUCGAGGUGGACAGCAAGCAGGUGGAGCUGGCCCUGUGGGACACGGCCGGCCAGGAGGACUACGACCGCCUGCGGCCGCUCUCCUACCCGGACACCGACGUGAUCCUCAUGUGCUUCUCGGUGGACAGCCCGGACUCGCUGGAGAACAUCCCGGAGAAGUGGGUGCCCGAGGUCAAGCACUUCUGCCCCAACGUGCCCAUCAUCCUGGUGGCCAACAAGAAGGACCUGCGCAACGACGAGCACGUCCGCAACGAGCUGGCCCGCAUGAAGCAGGAGCCCGUGCGCACCGAGGACGGGCGGGCCAUGGCCGUCCGCAUCCAGGCCUACGACUACCUGGAGUGCUCGGCCAAGACCAAGGAAGGGGUCCGCGAGGUCUUCGAGACGGCCACCCGCGCCGCCCUGCAGAAGCGCUACGGCGCCCCGAGCGGCUGCCUCAACUGCUGCAAGGUGCUAUAG